AUGGCUGAAAAUGAGAGCAAAUUAGAAGCUAACAAUGGCGCUAAGUUGACGGUGGCGAACGAUAGUAGAGAUGAGCUGGCGCUGCUCACUGUUAAAGACGAGCCGUUCGUUGAUCUAUGUGAGGAUGACGACGGCCCCCGGGGUUGCGCCGGCGGCGGGGACGCGUGGCUGCCCGAGCCGAUUGAGGGGCUGAGGGAGAUCGGACCGCCGCCAUUUCUGAGGAAGACGUACGAGAUGGUGGAUGACCCGAGCACGGACUCGAUUAUAUCGUGGGGCCGUGCGAAAGCGAGCUUCGUUGUCUGGGACCCUCACAGAUUCUCGUCCGAGCUGCUCCCUAAGUACUUCAAGCACCGCAAUUUCUCCAGCUUUGUUCGGCAGCUCAACACCUAUAGGUUCAAGAAGAUCAAUUCGGACAUAUGGGAAUUCGCAAACGAAGGCUUUCAGCGAGGUAAGAAGCACAUGCUGAAGCACAUCACGAGGCGAACGCCCAAGCCCAACUCCCGAGCUACUCAACAAAUUGCGACAACCUUGGAAUCUCAGCCUGACCCCUUCCAUCACAAAGUGCAGGCGGAGUUUGAGAAUCUGAAAGCCGAGCAGAACACAUUAAAAACCGAAGUCAUGAAGCUAAGGCGGAAGCAGGAGAAUACCGAACAUUACUUGGCUGCCAUCAAAGAGCGCCUUUAUAUCAGUGAGAAAAAGCAAAAGAACAUGGCACUGUUCUUGAUGAAAUUCUUGAAGAGCCCCGUGUUUGUGCAGCAUUUGACCAAGAGAAUUGAAAACAUAGCGGCAAUUAGAGAUGAAGGGAUUUUAAAGAAGAGAAGGUUAGUUUGUGGAGAUGAGAUUGCUAAUUUGGGUUGUGAUUCGGACGACAAGGCAUUAUUUUGUUCUAACGAGUCGAAUGGCGAUCAUGGGGAUGAGAGUACUUGUGAUGGUUGCUCUGAGAAUUUUGUUAUGUGGGAGAAACUAAUGGAAGACGAUAUGGUUUACGAGUUGGAUGGAGUAGCAACCGAGCAAAAAUCGGAUAUCAUGUUUGAAUUAGACGAAUUAAUAUCGUCAAAGAAUGUGGAGUGUGGCGGUGUUCAGAUGGGAGGUUUAGCGGAGCUCGAUGGAUGUCUGGCAUCCAUGGCGUAG